AUGCUCCACUCUUUCCUUUUCUUCUCGCGUGUUCAUCCUGGUCAACUCUUUCCUUUUCUUCACACGUGUUCCACUCUAACCUUUCCCUCGCUCAUGCUCCACUCUUUCCUUUUCUUCUCGCGUGUUCAUCCUGGUCAACUCUUUCCUUUUAUUAUCACGUGUUCCAUUCUAUCAUUUCCCUCGCUCAUGCUCCACUCUUUCCUUUUCUUCUCGCGUGUUCAUCCUGGUCAACUCUUUUCUUUUCUUCACACGUGUUCCACUCUAACCUUUAUUUCCUCAUGCUCCCUCUUUCCUUUUCUUCUCGCGUGUUCAUCCUGGUCAACUCUUUCCUUUUCUUCACACGUGUUCCACUCUAACCUUUCCCUCGCUCAUGCUCCACUCUUUCCUUUUCUUCUCGCGUGUUCAUCCUGGUCAACUCUUUCCUUUUAUUAUCACGUGUUCCAUUCUAUCAUUUCCCUCGCUCAUGCUCCACUCUUUCCUUUUCUUCUCGCGUGUUCAUCCUGGUCAACUCUUUCCUUUUCUUCACACUCUGUUUCCUCCUGCUUUUUUCCCCUCCUUCUCAUGCAUCCACUCUUUCCUUUUCUUCGCGCGAUUUCAACCUGGUCAACACUUUCAUUUUCUUCACUUUGUUUCCUCUAA